CAACAACUUUCUUUUCUAGGUAUCAUAGGCAUGGCAACACCUCAUCCUAGGACUUCCUCUCUGCAUCGUCUUACCAGGCAGCUCUUACAUCAGUAUCACAAGGAUGUCAGACCAGUUUACAACUGGGCUGAGGCUACCACUGUCUAUCUGGACCUUUGUGUCCAUGCUGUACUGGAUGUGGAUGUACAGAAUCAAAAAUUAAAGACAAGCGUGUGGUACCAAGAGGUUUGGAAUGAUGAGUUUUUGUCCUGGAACUCAAGCCUGUUUGAUGAGAUUCAAGAAAUCUCUCUUCCUCUCAGUGCCAUCUGGGCUCCUGAUAUCAUCAUUAAUGAGUUUGUGGACCUUGAAAGAUCUCCAGACCUCCCCUAUGUAUAUGUGAAUUCUUCUGGAACCAUUAGUAACCACAAGCCCAUCCAAGUGGUCUCUGCAUGCAGUUUGCAGACAUACGCUUUUCCCUUUGACAUCCAGAACUGCAGUCUCACCUUCAAUAGCAUUCUGCACACAGUGGAAGACAUAGACCUGGGCUUCUUGAGGAAUAGAGAAGACAUCGAGAAUGACAAAAGGGCAUUUCUGAAUGACACUGAGUGGCAACUUCUUUCAGUGUCCUCCACAUACCACAUCCUGCGGAGCAGCACUGGAAACUUCGCCCAGAUUCAGUUUAAUGUGGUGAUUCGUAGAUGCCCACUGGCCUAUGUUGUGAGCCUCUUGAUUCCUAGCAUCUUCCUGAUGCUUGUGGACCUGGGGAGCUUCUACCUGCCCCCCAACUGCCGUGCAAGAAUUGUAUUCAAGACCAAUGUGCUGGUGGGCUACACAGUCUUCAGGGUCAACAUGUCUGACGAGGUGCCAAGGAGUGCAGGGUGCAUGUCUCUGAUUGGGGUCUUCUUUACUGUCUGCAUGGCCCUCUUGGUUCUCAGCUUAUCCAAGUCCAUCUUGUUGAUCAAAUUCCUCCACGAGGAGUGGCACAGUGGGCAAGACAGGCCUCUUCUUUGCCUUGGAGGAGACUCUGAUGCUGAUGAGUCUAGAUUGUACCCCAGGGCUCCCAGUGCUGAAACAACAGGGUCCCCAGUCUGCCAGGCGCACCAGAUUCAGCCAGAUACCCUGAAGGAAGCCUGGCUCCAGCUCCAAUCCAUCAACAACUCUCUCCGAACUCGGGAUCAGGUUUACCAGAAGGAGAUGGAGUGGCUGGCCAUCCUGUACCACUUUGAUCAGCUGCUUUUCCGAAUCUACCUUGCUGUGCUGGUGCUCUAUACUGUCACCUUGUGUACUCUCUGGGCACUAUGGAGCAGAGUAUGA